UUUGUUGAGGAAGAGGAGCUAAAAGGUUAAAGGGUUAAAUGUACUGUAAAGCGUCUACUCAUAGAUGAUGCUCAGGAUUAUCACAUGCUUUUUCAUUUCAUAAUUCCACAGCAACUGCUCUGCCAUUACUUUCUUCUGCCUGCCAUUCAUCAGUCCUCGGAUGUGAAUUACAGUUACCCCUAGAGAAGUGGGAUUGUAGUAAUGAGGUUCGGUUUAAUGACGAAGACGUGCUUCCUCCUGGAGGGGAUGUCUCAGCUGUGUUUUCAGAGACGCUCGAGCAUCUCUCUCAUCAGCAGCGUCUGUCUGUCUCUCUCUCUGUCUCUCUCUCUGUCUGCGCAGCAUCCUCACGACUGACCUCGCCAGAGAAAUGCAGAGCACAGUAUCAUUAGGAGAAUUGGUUUGGGGCGGCGCUUCACGAGCAGAGCGCAUCCACCACUGGAGGGAUCAAAUCUGUGCCAUCUGACGCUCAAGGAUUUAUGGGUUUAGUUGAAAUUGCUUUUCCCAGUGUGGAGAUUAAGCUGUGUGUGUGAUGUUAACAGGACAGGCUGCACCACUAACCCCAGGAUGAGGCUCGUCUGGGCUGCAGAGCCUUGAGGAUGUGAGCGCUGGCCAGGGAUAUGUGCACCAUGCAGCUGGAGACUGUGUUUGUGUUCGUCUGCGUCUGUCUGCUGGGCGCCGCUGGAAGAUCGGCACACAAAAGAGGUCACAAGCUGGAGCCCUACAAGCAAAGCAGAUUAAGGAGAGAAACGACACGAGUGGAUGGAGGAACCCACAAGUCUGGCAGCCCAAUCUUCAGAAGAAGUCCAGACAUGACAAAGUCUCCUAUGACCAAAUCUGAGCAGCUGCUGAGGAUAGACGACCACGAUUUUACAAUGAGACCAGCAUUUGGAGGUCCUCCGAUUCCAGUCGGUGUGGAUGUUCAGGUUGAAAGUCUCGACACCAUCUCUGAGGCUGACAUGGAUUUUACCAUGACGCUGUAUUUGAGACAUUACUGGAAAGAUGAGCGUUUGUCUUUCCCGAGCACCAACAAUCAAAGCAUGACGUUCGACAGCCGGCUGGUGAAGAAGAUCUGGGUGCCCGACAUGUUCUUUGUUCAUUCCAAAAGAUCUUUCAUCCACGACACGACAACAGACAACCUGAUGUUACGAGUGUAUCCCGACGGAAACGUCCUCUACAGUCUGAGAGUGACGGUCACUGCCAUGUGUAACAUGGACCUGAGCCGGUUUCCUCUGGACACACAGACCUGCUCGCUGGAGAUCGAGAGCUAUGCGUACACCGACGAUGACCUCAUGCUUUACUGGAAGAAGGGCAACGAGUCGCUGAACACCGAUGACAAGAUUUCUCUGUCGCAGUUUCUCAUCCAGAAGUUCCACACCACAACUAAGCUUGCGUUCUACAGCAGCACAGGCUGGUACAAUCGUCUCUACAUACACUUCACUCUUCGGCGUCACGUCUUCUUCUUCCUGCUGCAGACGUAUUUCCCAGCCACGCUGAUGGUCAUGUUGUCCUGGGUGUCCUUCUGGAUCGACCGCAGAGCCGUGCCGGCGAGAGUCCCUCUCGGCAUCACGACGGUUCUCACAAUGUCCACCAUCAUCACCGGAGUCAACGCCUCCAUGCCCAGAGUCUCCUACAUCAAAGCCGUGGACAUUUACCUGUGGGUCAGCUUCGUCUUUGUCUUCCUCUCUGUCAUCGAGUACGCAGCCGUCAACUACCUGACCACCGUGCAGGAGCGCCGAGAGAGGAAGCUCAGGAACCAAUUGCCUUGCACGUGUGGAAUAGCAAACCCGGACGAGGACAUGAUGAUGACCACGUGCUACAGCGACGUGGAUCCCGGCACAGCAGGGACGUAUGGGAUGCCUGAGAACGGCGCGAGGCAGGAGCGGAUCCUGGCCCAGCUGACCCUCGCCGACAGCCAGAAGACGAGUCGCGUGAAGACGUCCCGGGGCUACGUCAACAUCUGGAUAGACACUCAUGCCAUAGACAAGUACUCGCGAGUGAUCUUUCCCGCCGCUUACACGCUCUUCAACAUCAUCUACUGGUCCAUCUACUCUUAACACCACAGCGGAUCUGCUCCAGAGCAACCAUCCACUGGAUCUCUCUCUGCCUUCUUGAUCCAGGAGCUUGAACUCUUUGUAUUUUUGUUGCAUGUUUUUAUUAUUUAACAAAUGCAACUACUUGAGUUGAAUUAUGUGUUUUAUCUGUUAUUCCUCACAAAUUAAAACAAGAAGCCAUUGGUGUGAGAUGUAUCAGAAUCAGAGGAUGAUCUGAAAAAGCUGAACACACACAACUCUGAGCAAACCUUCUACUUUAAUGCAUGUAUUUUUUCAGGGAUGUCAAUCGUUUUUUUUUGUAUUAUUGUUAUUUGCAAAAUGUUGUUGUGAACACACAUUAAGAAAACUAUAUAGUGUGCUUAAUGGUUUAGUCAGCUUGUGUGUGAAUGAACAGCAAUGGUUCUUCACUAGUCUAACACAAAAUAACUUCUCGAGUCUCCUUACACUUCAUGGACACACAGUAAACCUUACGGUGUGUGAGGAAGCAGUCCUCUAUUUGGAGUUCACAUGAACCUUUCUGCACAAUAUUGAUAUUUCUUUCGAUAUGUUGUGGAAAAAGUCUUUAUUUAACGACAUCUAGACUAUAUUUACUAAAAUAACUUCCUUGAUAAAUGCUUUUAUAAUGUAAUUUUUCAUGUUUAAUAUUACAAACUGUGCUGUGUUUUAAUAAAAUACA